AUGAGGCCUCUGCGGGCAUUACGACUCUCACUCGCUGGCUUGUUUCUUGCCAACACGGCCAUGUCAGCCGAUGACUGCCAGCCAGAAAGUUGGAAGGCUGCAGCUCUACAUGCUGGCCGCAUCAACUGCCGAGAUGGGGUUACCACCGAGUCAAAAGUCGAUUCAAAUACAUGUGCCCUCUUGGCCAGCAAGAACCGCCUCUCUAUGAAGGCAUUUUUUGACUUGAAUCCUCGACUAGGAGGGGAUUGCCAGUCAAUCUUGCCUGAUACAAUGUAUUGUGUGAAUGGAUUUCCGGAGCCAGUUCGCGCAUACAACGGUCUGUGUGGCCCUGAUAAUGGAAACGCGACUGACGACUGCACGGUGAACUGCUACGAAGGCAACUGCUACUAG